CGUUGGCAUGACGUCACAUGUGUGCGCCAAGACUCGUUUGUCGGUCAGAGAAGCAUUCCUUACUUUAAUGUUUCUAGUUUUAUUUAUUCAUUCCGAGGGCAAAUUUUGUGUUUAUGACCCAGGUCAUUUGUCUUGAAAUCACCUGACUGAUAUAAUUUUCUUCGUCCUUGGCGUCGGUUCCGUGCGACUCUAGUGAUGUCUCUGGGUUUCCUGAGGUUUGUUUUGAGUCAGGCACUAAGCCGCGGUCCUCUUCGACCCAUCAGCCUGGUCACCUCACGCAUGGCAAGGAGUCCACCAACCCUCAGGCCAGCAUGUUCUUGCCAUAUUGUCUCGCCCUCGCUAUGCAUGUCCCUCUCCACAGACACUGAGAGUGGGAGCACCAGUGUGACAGAUUCCCAGAAGGAAACUAAAAAGCUGGACCCGAGAGCACGAGUCACUUUUGGCAGCGUGGGUAGGAAGAUUGGUCAACGCCAUAUAAAGUUAUUGGGUGAGGAUGGAGAGGAAAUGGGUACAAUGCACCGUGCUGAUGUGAUACGACUGAUGGACGAAACAGGGCUGAGGCUUGUUGCCAUAAAUGACAAUUGUGAUCCUCCAUUAUACAGACUGAUGAAAGGGAAACAGAUCCACGAAGAGCAGAUGAAACUUAGAGACACACAGAAAGCCAAGAAAGGGCUUGUCCAAUCAAAGGAGCUCACUUUUUCCUCCGAUAUCUCCCUUCAUGACUUGGACACUAAACUGCGGCAAGUUGUCAGCUGGCUGGAAAAAAACAACCACGUCAGACUCACUAUCAGAGCAGGAAGUGAUGGUGGCACUCCAGUGGACAAAGUCUUAACACAGAUGGUGGAGGAUAUAUCAGUGCCUGUUGGCUUUGUAUCAAAACCUUCUGUGGUUCGUGGUGGUCGUGCUGCCACCUGUGUUCUUCGGCUUGCUUCUGCUAAAGAACUGCAGAAAAGAGGAGCAGAGACUUCGAACAAGAAUUUAAAACCUGACUCAGAGACACCAGCAUCUCUUCGUAACUCCUCUACAGAAGAUUUGAAGCAACAAUAA